GAACAUCGCCCGCUAAGACGGAGCUGCAAGACGUCACCGGCGGGAACUCAAUUCAAUUCGAAACACGCACCCCACGUGGUGGGUUAGGGUGCGGCGUCUUGAAAUGGAGAUGUGGGACCGGUUGACGGACACGAGACGGGCGUAAGAAGAAGCCGGCUGAGCAAGCGCAGCUCAGUAGACAUUAUGACUUCUCAUCUUUAAGCCACACCCUCAAGCUGCGAACCAUAUCUCGACCUUUGAGCAUCAUGGCCGCCUCAGCAGCAGCCCCAAGCCUGGUCCCACUGCGGAUCAAUGUCACCAGCGACACCAGUGAUCUGUCCCUUCUGUUACCUCGGUCUUCGCAAGCUCCAGAAAGCCCUCUCCACCUCGCCCCACAUCUCUCCCUCCCCUUCGUCCUCCUCCUCCUCCCCCUCACCUACUGCGUUCUUUCAGCCCCCCUCGAUUCGCUUCCUCCCAUACGAGCUCGACCCGACCCUGCCGUCCGAUCAUGCGGUGCCCAAGCGGGAGAGGUACAUCGCCAAGUUCGGGGGCGAUGCUGCACGCACAUCGGCUAUGGAAUCGAUGAUGAAGGCCAACGGGGAGCGUGAAGGGAUCAAGUUUGACUACGGGGGGAACAUUCGCAAUACGCUGCUCAGUCAUAGGCUGAUGGAGCGCGCUUUUGCCGGACCGAAGGGCCAUAACGAUAGUGAGGGAGCAGGGUGGGAGACGCAGCUUGCACUAUUGGACAAGCUCUUUCCCCACUUCUUUGAGCAUCGUGGUGACCCAGGAGACCCGGCCGCCCUGGCUCGCAUCGCCGUAGAGGCGAGUGUCUUUCCCUCUGAGGACGAGGCACUGAAAUUCCUUACGGAGAGCGACGAGUAUGGUCCUGAGGUGCAGGAGGGGAUUCAGGACGCGAGGAGAAAGGGUAUCACAGGCGUGCCGCAUUUCGAGAUCUUUGCUGGCGGUAGCAAGGAGGGGAAAGAGACGGUCGUCAAGGCUGAGAUACCGGGUGCACAGGAUGCUGAUACCUUUGUCGCUGUGUUCAGGCAGCUGGCCGAGGCGUAUCAGAGGGCAAAUGGCGGGAGCAAGGGAGACGAGGUAGAAAAGGUAGCUCCUGGUACGUCGGCUGGCGCUAAGUGUUAGGCUCGAGUCAAUGGUCAUUGCAUGCGUGCGGCGCUGCUAUCUACUUUCUUUGCCCCGCUGGCCCGUAUGAUUAGAGCUCAUACGUGGCCCUGAUCACUUGCACCUUGCCUUUGGCCCAUCCCACAGGAUCCUUACUCAUCUCCUGCACCAACGCCUUGCCCCCACCCCAAGCUUUG